GGUUGGAUGACGGGACCAUGCCCACACGUGUACAAGCCGGAAAACGCGAGCGUCAUAUAAAGAAACGUAGGAGGACAAGAGCGGCAGAGAACGUAGAUACGCUAUUUCAAAAUCCUCCCUUUUCCGCUCAUCCCGACGGCAGGAGAGAGAAAGAGAGUGAGUGAGAGAGAGAAAGAGUUCUUCCAUGGAAAAGAUGUCACCGUUCCUGCCCUAAUCCUCCCAAAUUCCCCCAACUUAUCUUCUCAUUCGUCCAUUAGUUUCCAUCUCCAGCCGAAUCCGAGAUGCCGUUAAGAUCCAAUAAUGGAGAGGAAGGCUAACCUUCCCCCUAUCAACCAACUGGGAAACGCCUCCCGUCCAUCGUCACCGCCACCACCGUCCGAUUCCAUCCGUCACGUUCAAGCCGCUUUCAAGCGCCAAAGGCCGAUCGGUAUGUUGCCACCCAACAUUUCCCGUGCAAGGCGUAUAUUGGUGCCGCAGCCGGAAUCAUCGAAGAAUGUUGCUCCAGAUGCUUCUGCUGUUGGCACCCACAACGGAAAGGGAUUCCAACAGGACUCUGAGAAACGAAGGAGUUUGGCUAUUGGGCAAGGUACGGUUGAUCAGAGGACGGGCGUUCUGGCUGUGGAGGCAACGGUGCCUGAUGAUUCGUCGCUUACUCCACCUUCCGUCACAGGAACUAUAACUAGUGUGCAUGAUGAGAAUGUUGUACCUCUCAGCUUGCAGAAAGUUGAAAGCAGAUCUGCCAUGGAUCAUUGUGACAUUUCUACAAACAGAGGCCCGGAUUGUAAAAGUAAUGAGAGGAUUUCGUUGUCCUGUGCAGCGGUUCAGCAUAGCUCAGUUGAUGCUUCGAAGAAGGUCCAGCUUUCUUCUGUUGGCGGUGCCAGCUCAGAUUGUCUGCAGGACCCUUCUCAUGGGGCCGAUGUCCAAAUGGCCACCGGUACUAGAAUCGACAACUUGUCAUCUCAUAUGAGUUCUCUUGCAUUGGCAGAGAGUGAAUAUAGUCAAAGAGAUCAAGUGGGGCCCACAACUAUGAAUGAUCAGGGUCUCAAGCAGCGAGAUUUUCUGCACACGGUAAUGUCAGACAUGAGCACAAGGUCUGGUGGGACCUGUUCAUUAGCAAAGAACAGUGCCCUGCGGCACGAUCGACAAACUAUGGCCUUUGUCGGGAAGGAUGUUCUCCACCCAAUGACUCAAUCUUCAUUUUCAGGUUCUUCGUGCGUGACUACUAUGUCUGUCCGUUCAGUGUCUGCACCCACAACAAAUUCCACAACCUAUAAUCCUUGUUCGCAUCGAGAUGGCCAUUCUCAUAUGGAAUUGGAUCCUUUGGAUGAGUUGAAUUUGAACCCGCAACCUAUAAUUGAGGGUGGAGCAGCACCACCUUCUGGCCCUUCAUUACGGUGCUUACAGGAAGCACCGAGCAGACAGACAUCCGUGUCAACUCAAUUGUCUUCAUCUGCUCCCGAGGCCUCUUUGGGACUUCAGGAUCAUAGCUUAUUGAAGGGGCAGGGAUCCAUCAUGCAGGAAAGCAAUGGGCUGGUUAGUGGAGUUGUGGAUAAUGCAAAGGCUGUUCAUUUUGAUGAAAAAUUAGCCAAAGGGAAAGGGAUUUUAGGUGAUGUUAGUGAUAAACAGUCUCAGGCUCUGCUGACCAAAAACUCAUCUUCCAAUGUGAAUUCGGAGCCUAAUCAAUCAUCUAGCAAAUCAGAAAAGGCUCUUAGUGGCAAAGGCACGUCUGCUCCUCGUAAAAAGAAUUAUAAUCCUGAUAUAUUUUUUAAAGUCAAUGGGAAGCUCUAUCAAAAGCUUGGCAAGGUAGGCAGUGGAGGAAGUAGUGAAGUUCACAAGGUCAUAUCAUCGGACUGUACCAUCUAUGCCCUUAAAAGUAUCAAGCUCAAAGGUCGUGAUUAUUCUACUGCCUACGGUUUUUGUCAGGAGAUUGAGUAUCUAAACAAACUGAAGGGGAAGAACAACAUUAUACAGCUUAUUGACUAUGAGGUGACAGAUAAAACUUUGCUUGAAGAAGUCAUGAGUGGCUCCAUGACUAUCAAAGAUGGCCGGAUAAGGGAAGAUGGAUAUAUUUACAUGGUACUUGAAUAUGGUGAAAUUGAUUUGGCUCAUAUGUUGGCGCAGAAAUGGAAGCAAAUGGAUAACUCAAGUUUGCAAAUAGAUGACAACUGGCUCCGGUUCUAUUGGCAGCAAAUACUUCAAGCUGUUAACACAAUACAUGAGGAGCGUAUAGUGCAUUCAGACCUGAAACCUGCUAACUUUCUCCUCGUCAAAGGCUCAUUGAAGCUGAUUGAUUUUGGCAUUGCCAAAGCUAUAAUGAGUGAUACAACAAAUAUCCAGCGAGAUGCUCAGGUGGGCACACUUAAUUACAUGUCUCCCGAAGCAUUUAUGUGGAAUGAGCAUGAUGCAAAUGGAAACACCAUCAAGUGUGGCCGGCCGUCUGAUAUCUGGUCCCUUGGUUGCAUUCUUUACCAAAUGGUGUACGGGAGGACACCAUUCGCAGAAUACAAGACUUUCUGGGCCAAGUUCAAGGCCAUAACUGAUCGAAACCAUGAGAUCACAUAUGAACCAGUUUCAAACCCAUGGCUACUUGAUCUUAUGAAGAAAUGCCUUGCAUGGGAGCGAACAGAAAGGUGGCGGAUACCACAGCUUCUACAACACCCAUUCCUCGUUCCACCAAUACCACCCCAGUUGCCCUCUUCACGAAACCAAUAUUGUCAAUUGCUCGUGCAGAUGGCUGAAGCUUAUAGGAAUGUCCCUGAAGUGUCUAGGCAAUGUUCUCAGCUUCAACAACUCUUAGCAAACUUAGCAGAUCCCAGCACAUAAACAUCGGAUGAAAUAGUUCAGCAUUGAAAUGUAUAUUUUAUAGGCAAGGGGAAUCUGUGUUUAGCAUUAUCCAUACCAGUGAUUCUCCUUCGAUCACAUAUAUCUCAUUGUAAUCAGUAUUGGCAACUUUUGUAUUCUAAAUCCCCCCAAAAAAAGGGAAAAAAGAAGAAAUGAGUAUGUUUUGCUUUCCCA